UAGUGUUUCAGCUCCCGGCACAAAAAUUUAAUCCUGGCCUGGCUACUGAGGGGCCCCUGCCAGCUGCUGGCUCCAAAGUUGGUUUUGGCUCUGGGCUGGAUAUGUGGAAGUUGGGGGCCAGACAGUUCACUGAGCUCAGCAGCUCCUAUUGAUCUCCAGGGCUCUUUUGUCUCCUCCUUCCAGUGGAAGCCUCUCCUCCUGCUCCCCCUCUCUCCCUCUGCUUUUCAGGCUCUUCCGCUUUGCUCUUCUGCUUCUAAUGAACUGAAAUCUCCGUGAGCCGCCACAGCUCUGGUAGUUUUAUAAAACUGUCCUUUCUCUUUCUGCAUUUGUCCGGUCAAGGGUGUCUUUGCCUGAGGUCGGUAUGGUGCUGUUAGUCCUGGCGAUGAUUGCAUAGCAACACAGAGCUGCUCGGAGAGGGGAGGAGGAGGAGGAGAAGGAGAAGGAGGAUAGGGAGGUGGGAGAGACAGAGGGAGAGUGUGCACACAGCAGCUGUCGGCAUCCCUGUCUGAGGGACUUCUUUGCUGAUUCACAGAGGCGGCCUAGCCAGGGCCUCCCAGCUACCGCUUGCUUCGCAGACCUGACGGAAUCAGAAGGUGCUUGAUGCUCCACAGUUGGUCUGCUGCUAGUCUUCACCCUCCAUGAGCCUUGGUUCUGAUGCAACCUUUGGUCAUGCAGGGAUGCCCUUACACCCUCCCACGAUGUCAUGAGUGGCGUGCUGCUGACAGGUUUCAUCACAGCAGCAGCUUCCGAAACACCUGCCCCCAGCCUCAGGUUAGAGCUGCGGUCACCAUCCCUGCACCUCCUUGGGAUGGUGCCAGGGAUCCCUGCCUAAGUCCAAAGCUCUUGAACAGGUCUGUUGGAGCCAUUGGCCCCCUGGAACCAUCAGCCAUGAAUCUGUGUUGGAAUGAAAUAAAAAAGAAGUCUCAGAACCUCCGUGCUCGCCUAGAGGCCUUCUCAGACCAUAGUGGAAAACUCCAGCUCCCACUCCAAGAGAUUAUUGACUGGCUGAGCCAAAAGGAUGAGGAGUUGUCAGCUCAGCUUCCCUUGCAAGGGGAUGUGGCCCUGGUACAACAGGAGAAGGAGACGCAUGUGGCCUUUAUGGAAGAAGUCAAGUCCAAGGGCCCCUAUAUCUACUCUGUGCUGGAAUCUGCUCAGGCUUUCCUGUCCCAGCACCCAUUUGAGGAAUUAGAGGAACCUCAUUCUGAGAGCAAAGAUACCUCCCCGAGACAGCGAAUUCAGAAUCUUAGCCGCUUUGUGUGGAAGCAGGCAACGGUGGCCAGUGAACUGUGGGAGAAACUGACAGCCCGCUGUGUGGAUCAGCAUCGACAUAUUGAGCAUACUCUGGAGCAUCUAUUGGAGAUCCAAGGGGCAAUGGAGGAACUAAGCACCACUUUGACCCAAGCAGAGGGAGUCCGAGCCACUUGGGAGCCCAUUGGGGAUCUCUUCAUAGAUUCCCUCCCAGAGCAUAUCCAAGCCAUCAAGCUAUUCAAAGAAGAAUUUUCUCCUGUGAAAGAUGGAGUGAAGUUAGUGAAUGAUCUGGCCCACCAACUUGCCAUUUCUGAUGUACACUUGUCAAUGGAGAAUUCAAGGGCUCUGGAACAGAUCAACAUCAGAUGGAAACAGCUCCAGGUGUCGGUCGGUGAGAGGCUUAAACAGCUCCAGGAUGCCCAUCGGGACUUUGGGCCUGGGUCACAGCACUUCCUCUCCACUUCUGUCCAGGUUCCCUGGGAAAGAGCCAUUUCUCCCAAUAAAGUUCCCUACUACAUCAACCACCAGGCUCAGACUACAUGCUGGGACCAUCCCAAGAUGACUGAGUUAUACCAAACCUUAGCUGAUCUGAACAACAUUAAGUUCUCUGCUUAUCGCACUGCCAUGAAGCUCCGCAGAGUUCAGAAGGCCCUGCGCCUAGAUCUGGUAACUUUGACUACAGCUCUGGAGAUCUUCAAUGAGCAUGACCUGCAGGCCAGUGAACAUGUGAUGGACGUGGUGGAGGUCAUUCACUGCUUGACUGCCUUGUAUGAACGACUGGAGGAGGAAAGAGGCAUCCUUGUCAAUGUGCCACUAUGUGUAGACAUGAGCCUCAACUGGCUCCUCAAUGUUUUUGAUAGUGGUCGCAGUGGAAAGAUGCGAGCAUUGUCCUUUAAGACUGGUAUCGCAUGCUUGUGUGGCACUGAAGUCAAAGAAAAACUUCAGUACCUCUUCAGCCAAGUGGCCAAUUCAGGCAACCAGUGUGACCAACGCCAUCUCGCUGCUCUGCUUCAUGAAGCUAUUCAAGUGCCCCGUCAGCUGGGUGAAGUGGCAGCAUUUGGGGGCAGCAAUGUGGAGCCCAGCGUCCGUAGUUGCUUUCGUUUUAGCACGGGAAAGCCAGUCAUUGAAGCUUCCCAGUUCCUGGAGUGGGUCAACUUGGAGCCUCAGUCUAUGGUGUGGCUGGCCGUUCUGCAUCGGGUCACCAUUGCUGAGCAAGUAAAGCAUCAGACCAAAUGUUCUGUCUGUAGGCAGUGCCCCAUCAAAGGGUUCAGGUACCGGAGUCUGAAACAGUUUAAUGUGGAUAUCUGCCAGACUUGCUUCUUGACAGGCAGGGCCAGCAAAGGCAACAAGCUCCACUAUCCCAUCAUGGAGUAUUACACACCGACCACAUCCAGUGAGAACAUGAGGGACUUUGCCACAACCUUAAAGAAUAAAUUCCGCUCGAAGCAGUAUUUCAGCAAACAUCCUCAGCGGGGUUAUCUGCCUGUGCAGUCAGUGCUGGAGAGCGAGUGCAGUGAGACACUGUCUUCUUCCCCGAUGUUGCCACAUGCUGACACACACUCUCGAAUUGAACAUUUUGCCAGCAGGCUUGCUGAGAUGGAAAGCCAAAAUUGUUCCUUUUUUAAUGACAGCUUGUCCCCGGAUGACAGCAUAGAUGAGGACCAGUACCUGUUGCGGCACUCCAGCCCCAUCACAGACCGAGAGCCAGCCUUUGGACAGCAGGCUCCAUGCAGUAUGGGCACAGAAAGCAAGGGGGGACUAGAGAAGAUUCUGGCUCAUUUAGAAGACGAGAACCGGAUUCUCCAGGGAGAGCUGAGGCGCCUGAAAUGGCAGCAUGAGGAAGCAGCUGAGGCACCCACCCUGGCUGAGGGCUCCACUGAAGCAACUCCAGACCACCGCAAUGAAGAGCUUCUGGCUGAAGCCAGGAUCCUGAGGCAGCACAAGAGCCGCCUGGAGACACGUAUGCAGAUCCUUGAAGACCACAACAAGCAGUUAGAGUCUCAGCUGCAACGCCUGAGGGAGCUGCUCCUGCAGCCACCCACCGAGUCAGAAGGCAAUGGCUCUGUAGUCUCGUCUCUAGAUUCCUCUCCACGCCAGUCAGAAGGCAGUCAUCCCCGUGAGAAGGGACAGACUACUCCAGACACAGAGGCUGCAGAUGAUGUGGGGUCAAAGAGUCAGGAUGUCAGCCUAUGCUUAGAAGACAUCAUGGAGAAGCUCCGCCAUGCCUUCCCCAGUGUGCAAAGCUCUGAUGUGACUGAAAACACCCUGCUGGCCUCUUGAUGGAGUCAGAUGCCAAUCCUGUAGUUCAUAGUCCUUUCCUGAUUCUUGUCAAUGCCUUCCCUCAAUAUUUGCCCAACCUUUCCCGUACCCACUGGCCCCACAUUCUUCAACCAGAGAUAUUUGGGCUUGGGGCAACAGCAGGCAUCUGAUGGUAUGUGAAAUGUGGUGGGGAAAGGGGGAAGAGAGGUGUACUUCCUCUGACUCCAGAAAUGUACCCAUUGAUCCUUAGCAUUGAGCCUGUCCCUUAUGGUAUCCUGCUGUUGCAACCUAGGCCAAGGCACUUGUCAUCCAGAUGAGGAGUAGAAAGUUACCUUGUAAGGCUAAGCAGUGCCCACUGGCCCCUUUCCCUUCUUCAUAGAAUCAUGGAGGAAAAAGCCUAAUGGCCCCAAGGUGUCUGGAUUAUUGAUCCCCCAGGGGUUAGUCCUACUCUCUGGCCCAAUUGAAAGAGGCAAAUGGGUAUCCCUGAGACACUCCUUCUAGUUGCCCCUUAGGAAGUCUGGGCCAUGUAUGUCCUACUACUUCAGCUCCAGAACAUAGUCUUCUUCAGGAUUCCACCUACAUGUUUUCUCCUCAAAUAUCUUUAUUCAUUAUGCCACAGUACCUAUCAGAGCAUCUCCAAUGGGGGAACAAGUCAUUGUAGAUAUGCUUCCACUCUAUGUUUGGAAACAUUAAAGAAAAACUUAUGGGUUUAUAUACCCUAUCCUGUUUCCUGAUGACCUUGGCAUCCCAGGAGACUCAUUGAGAUGCUCUGGAAACCUAUGUGAAGCUACUCUUUGUUCUUCUGAGUCUGUCCUCACAAAUAUGGGGGCAGGAGUGUAGCUUCUUCAACAAGGAGACCUUGCUCUCUCUUUCCUUGGUUUAGAAUGGAAAGGAAAACCCCUAUCCUAGGGGAGUAUGGGCCUGACACUCUCCAGGCUAUAACCAUUUGAUACCAUAGGUUGGACUAGGUGAGGUGGCUGAUUGCCCUUAACUAUUCACUGGGAAGUUACAACUCACCAACCCGAAUAGUGAUUGCUGCCUAAAAGCCACUAGACUUGAAUCAGAAAACUGGCCACAUUCCACCCAAGGUGGAAUAGCAGCAAGUUCUUCCUGUGUAUAAAACUGUUGCUAACACUGAAAGGUGUACCCAGUCCCUCAAAAUGAACUAACUUUUCCAAAGCUGUAUAUACUGUAAUUCCUUUGUCCAACAACUGUUCAACAUAGAGUGUGGAGGUGGGAAGAGUGGGCUAGGGAACUUGAACAGAGGCAGUGCCCACUUAGGCUACAGUCUACAGAGGAGAGCAUUCUCCCAAGAGCCUGGAGAUUGAUUAAAUUUUGAGUUUAUACAUAAAUAUCUAUUCUGCAUAUCUACUGUACAUCAGUACUCUCCCAGCCUCACUCACACAUUAAAUUCUAAUACUUCUUAAAGAAUUAGCGUCCUGCCUUGCUCUUUGUUAGCCUCAGUCUCUGGUUGGGAUGAUAAAUGCACUCUGGCUGUGCCCCUAGGAUGUUUCUCUCUUACUGGUAUUUGAGGUAAACUGACCUUGAGACCAACAAAAUGAAAGUCUGUGGCCACAGAGUUAUCUAACAGGAAGAGGCAUUCUGCUUUCUGUACUAAUUCCAAACUUUGUUCCACUGACACUUGGGCCUUGGGUAAAUUUCUUACCACCCCUAACCAAUGAUUCAGGAACCAAAAUAGAACACAUUCAAGCUCUACCCCGUCCACACAGAAAAGAAGGAACAAAAGGCAUAUGUUAGCCAUUGCCAGGCUAAGACAGAAUUCAUCCUAUGGUUCCUAUUAUUUCCUAAGGUCUGGAUCAUCGCCUUUCAGAAUGCAGCGAUUGUCACCAAGGUCAAGGGGGAGGAAGAUGAUUAGAGUUCUGUGUUAUAAAUCAGACCAUGGCAAACAGAUGGAACUGCUAAGAUCCUAGACUGAUAUGUUUCAGGGAGAACAGUAGCUUGGCUCCAGAAGCCAAGAUUGCAUUCCCCCCAACCAAGCCAUGGGUUCAGGGCUCAAAUUUCUUGUCUGGAUGUCUCUGGAAAGGAGAACAGAAUAUCUACUUAUAUUGUGAGCAUUUGGUAGGCAAGCAUCAAACACAGAACCAGGUCAUCAGUCAGAAUAAGGCAUUCUUUGUAAGAGCCUAGAUUGUGAACAAAAUUUAGAGAAAUUUGUUGUGGAUCAGGGGACUCAGAAACUGUGGAAUAUGUGCCUCCCCAUGCUUUAGGAGCACAGAUAUUAUGGAACAAUCUUUUAUAAGGGUCUUUUUUU